GCACUAGUCGUAAUGCCACCAAAGCCAUCAGCCAAAGGAGUGAAGAAAGCCGCGAAGACGCAGAAGGCCGGACGCGCCGGAGACAAGAAGAAGAGGAGCCGCAGAAAGGAGAGUUACUCUGUCUACAUCUACCGUGCACUUAAGCAGAUGCAGUUUCAAACUCCAGUUCUGGUUCGGUCCGCAAAAUGGCCUUUAGCGAAAAUUACGAAGAAAUUUCUGUCGAUACGAGCAUGA